AUGUCACUGGAAUCAGCCCUCGACGAGGAGCGGCGCGAGAUCCUCGAUAUCCUACAGGGUCGCUCGCACAAUCACCACCAUGGCAACCAGCACUCCCAGCAGCAGGGCCAGCAGAGCCAGCCUGCUCGUCCCCACCAUGCUAGCCCAGCUCCGCCGAUACGCUCCAUGCUCGAUAUCGCCCCAGAUCCCUCGCGACGGGCCGGCGCAGUGAAGUCGUCGUCGUCCAGCAUCCGCAGCAUGCUCGAUCCCAUAUCGCCCUCGCCGCUACGGGCGACUCACAGCGCGACCUCGUCGCCCACGUCCUCGGGCAGGGCGUCGUCUAUACACGAGCCAGAAGGGCUGCGUCGUGCCUCGGAGCUGUAUAAUGGGUUUGGGAGGAAGUCCGGCGUCGAGGCGUAUCAGUUCGAUAUGCUGCCGAGUAUACCUAGCCAGGCACUGCCCAAACGAGUCACACAGGGUGGUAAGAAGAACGUGAACAACAACAGCAGCAGCAGUACCAGCAAUAAUAAUCCUGCAAAACACCCAAACUCGAUGGCUGCCGUCAUGUCUGGAUCGGAGUUUGGUCCUCUGCCUGGUUUCCCGCGCGGUCGACAGAUCGGACGUCAUGCUCCUGGACUGCCAGGCAGCUCGACUUCCCCGAUGCGCUCGCGGUCUCCGGGCUCCCAUUCUCUGAACAACCACAACCCGCUCGCGGCCAACUCCAAGUCCAAUGUUAGCACUUUUGUCACCGAUUCAGGCAGAGUCAUCAACCUGGACCACGCAUAUAGAAAGCUGUCCAAUGCUGCUCUGUCGAGGUCGGGCGGCAGUCUGGCUCAUCUGCCACACAUAGAAAAGAAGGAGCUAGAUGACCUGGCUGAACUCUCAGAUACGGACGCCAGACUAGCGAAGGAUUACUUUUUUGAUACCCCUGACGGUGGAUGCAGUGAAGACCAUUCGAGUGAUGAAGAUGACGAUAUCAGUUCUGACGAGGACCUGUGGAGGAUGGGGCUCGGCCGUGGCCGUGAGAGGAUGAAGAAGUCUGAUGCCAGAGGAACCGAACAUGAUCUCAACGACCCAGACGCGGAGAGGAAAGUCCGAAGUCUGCUAGCUGCUGCAGAGGAAGAACGCAAAUCCGUAUCAUCAACAUAUAAAGUCCGAUCUCUCCUCGAACCGCUCGACAGUCGUGCCGUUGCGGCCGCUACUGAAAGACCCAUGAGACAGAAAACUGGCGUCCAUCCAAACACCAAUUUCGACAUCACAGUCUCUCAGGGAAACACCCCCGUUGGCUCUGACGAUGAAGGAGGGGUCGCCGAAGACGAAGCAGAAGUCAGCGAGAUCAAGAAAGCCCAGAAUCUCAGCGUCUACCUAUCGCCCAUGGACCAGUCGGUUCCAAACAGAGUCAUUCGCACCAUUGUCAGAGGAGACUUCACCAAGAUGCAAGAAGAGGCAGAGCAAGGCCUACGUCGGGCCCGCUCGUACCUCGUGGCUACAGAUUUGAGCGAGGAGUCGGUAUACGCCCUUGAAUGGACUAUCGGUACCAUCCUGCGUGACGGUGACACGAUGUAUGCCAUAUAUGCCAUCGACGAAGAAGGCGGAUCCAGCAAGCCGUCUGAAACAGACCUGCCAUCCGUAAUGCCCAUUAGUGAUGGUUUCAAGGCCAUACUGGAUAUUGCUGCCACCAUCCACUCGCAGACAGCUGGAAGUGCAAGGAUACCUACCCGUCCGUCAUCGUCGGCUUUCCCUUCUCCGCAAGUAUCUAGCACGCAUCUACCUGGAUCGGCCAGUAGCGAGAAGGACAAGAGUUUUGAGAGUUCAACUGGCUCAGUGGAUUCGAGGGCCCUGUCAAAGGCGGAAACGGAGAGACUUCAUGCUAUCGAUGGUAUCACGCAGACGUGUGUUCGGCUGAUGCGCAAGACGAAGCUGCAGGUUCGUGUGGCUGUAGAAGUGAUCCAUUGCAAGAGCCCCAAGCAUCUCAUUACAGAAGCAAUCGACGGUCUUGACCCAACCCUUGUCAUCCUCGGCUCUAGAGGUCGAAGCGCGCUUAAAGGUGUCCUCCUGGGCUCCUUCUCAAACUACCUCGUAACCAAAUCCUCUGCCCCGGUGAUGGUCGCUCGCAAAAAGCUAAAGAAACACGCCAAAUUCAAAAACGGCCCUGUCCGGUUCUCAAAUAACUUGGCCGGCCUCGGCUCCACCAACAUGAGGCUUGCCAAUGCCAAAGUUGAUUAA